UUAUCGGCCGUCGGUCCGAGCUUUGAACGUUUAUUGUGGGAUUAAAAACACCGAUCACUUCAAUUAUUUAUAAUACCAUUAUUAUAUUUAUAAUACCAUUAUUUAUAAUACCAUUAUUUAUAUGAAAUGUAAACCCAUAAAAUGUAAUGGUGACUUUCAUUUAAAAUUGUUGUAGAGUGCAGUUCAUAAAUUGCAGUGCGUCAAGUGUUGUAUUUGAAUCAAAUGCCAUUAGAUUAUAAUUAAAAUGAUUGUGAAAGUGUUGUUUAUAUUAGUGAUGAUAGGUACUUGUGUUGUCUGUAAACCGCGAUUUACUAUUGGAGGCAUAUUUUAUGAAGACGCAGAGGAUCUGAAACAAGCUUUUAAUGUGAGCGCUAAAAUGUUUAAGUUCAAUACACUAGUAGCGGAAGUUCCUAGAACAGGGGAAUUCCUCCAAAUAAGUGGUCACGUCUGCGAGUUUGCCAAGGCGGGCGUGGUUGGCAUUAUAGAUGCCGUGGGCGGAUUGGCAACGGAGCUCAUUCAAGCUUUGUGCGACACGUUGGAGAUACCUCUCAUCACGAUCCAGCAAAAUGACUUUUACUUGAAGGACUGGACGCUCAUUAACUUAUAUCCUAGCCCAGAUGCAUUUAAUAAUUUGCUGACACAGUUAAUAACAACUAAAGGGUGGAAGAAUUUUACUCUUCUGUACGUGAAAGGACACAGUAUGUCAAAUGUACAUAAGCUUUUAGAGAUGAGUACCCAGAGCGACAAUAUGUUCACGGUUACUGUGAGAGAACUUAGUGGAGAUGAUUACAGAGAUGUUUUGACAGAAGCAAAAGACAGCGGCUAUGUUAACUUCGUAGUAGACUGUCCAUCGGCAAACCUGGAACAGAUACUUUGCCAGGCACAACAAGUUAGUCUGAUGUCCGAUGAACAUUCCUACAUAUUUGUUUCACCAGAUUUGUUCACUCUAGAUAUGAGCCGAUAUAGAUACGGUGGAGUCAAUAUGACAGGAUUUAGAUUAGUAGAAUUACAAGACAAUAAUCCACUAUGGGAGUUCACAAGCUCCUACAACGCAGAAGCACCAAAUAUACUACAACCAGAAAAUCUAAAGACAGAAGUGCUUCUCAUAUAUGAUGCAGUUUUGAUGUUAUCUGACGCUUUAACCAAAGUCAAUGUAACGACACAGGAGCUCGACUGUGAAAAGUAUGGCUCAUGGGCUUAUGGUUCGACAUUACUUAACUUUAUGAAAACGAGCAAGGCUGAAGGUUUGACGAAAUCAUUUCAUUUUGAUGGAUUCGGUCAAAGGAAUAACGUGAUGAUCGAUGUAUUAGAACUAACUCCCGCCGGGAACCAAUCCAUAGCAACAUGGUCGGAUAACUCGCUGAAUAUGUCUAGACCAAAAGUAUUGGCCACUGAAAUAGGGGAAGAGACUAUAAUGAAAAACAAAACUUUCAAGGUUCUAAUCUCUAAGACAGCACCAUACGGCUACAUUAGGGAGUCCAUAUUUAAAUUGGAAGGCAACGAUCGUUACGAAGGCUUCACUAUAGACUUGAUCGACAAAUUGUCUGAUUUACUGGGAUUUAACUACGAGUUUGAACUAGAAGACGUUUACGGAAAUCAGCUACCAAACGGUACAUGGACUGGAAUGAUCAGCAAAAUUAGAGAUGAUAAAGCAGAUUUCGCUAUUUGCGAUCUUACCAUCACAACAGAGAGACAGAAGGGAAUCGACUUUUCUACGCCAUUUAUGAGUUUGGGUAUCAGUAUACUCUACAAAGAGCCGAGCAAACAACCUCCUGAAAUGUUUUCCUUUAUGGCAGUGUUUUCUAAGGAGGUUUGGUAUUACAUGGUAUUCGUACAAUUAGCCCUUGGAGUUAUCAUGAUCUUCGUUGGACGUAUUUCGAACAAAGAAUGGCAGAAUCCCGUGCCGUGUGUCGAGCAACCCGAGGAAUUGAAUAACCAGUUCAGUUUUGCCAAUUCUGUAUGGCUUAUCAUAGGUUCCGUCAUGCAACAAGGAUCUGAAAUUGCCCCAAUUGCUCUAGCGCCUCGUAUCAUAACCAGUGUGUGGUGGUUCUUCACCAUGGUCAUGGUUGCCUCUUACGUUGGCACACUGGUUGCCUUUUUGACAGUAGAAAAGGACGUCAUGCCUUUUACAACCGUCGACGAGUUGUACGAACAAAAACAUAUAGCCUACGGAGCUAAGACAACGGGAUCUACCAUUGACUUUUUCAAGUACUCAACAAAUCCGAAAUACAAAGAAAUGCACAAUAAAAUGGUUUCCAAAGGCUGGGUUGUUACGGAUAACGAUAUUGGAGUAGACAAAGCCGAGAAAGGAAACUACGCAUUUUUUAUGGAAUCUACGUCAAUAGAAUAUACUAAAGAGCGACACUGUGAUUUAAUACAAGUAGGCGGACUGCUAGAUUCCAAAAAUUACGGCAUCGGCAUGAAAAAACAGUCACCAUACAAAAGAUACAUUGACAGUGCGCUACUUCUUCUGAAAGAGAGAGGUGAAAUUCAGAAACUCAAAGAAAUUUGGUGGAAAGAGAAGAGAGGUGGUGGUAAAUGUGGGGAAAAACGUGAUGAAGAACAAAAGAAGCUGGGAAUGAGGAAUAUGUUAGGAGCGUUCGUGGUUCUCGGGGUAGGAUGCCUUAUCGGGUUGCUGAUAUCAAUACUAGACAUGCUGUGGGGUGUGUUUAAACGUUCGGUGAAAUAUGGUACAACAUUCAAGUUCGAGUUAAUUGAAGAACUGAAAUUCGCGCUCAAAUUCAGCGGCGACAUAAAGCCAGUAAAACGCCAACCCAAGGAAUUAAGUGUCAUAGAAAAUGAUCUAGACUUAGAGAAGAAGGAUGAGAUCAUGUCGCUCCGGUCUGCGAGGUCUACUGACACUCACAGGACACAUCGGUCUCACGGCUCGAGACACUCGUCUAGAAGCCUGAGUGUAGCGUUCGCUAGACGAAGACAGUAUACUUGAAAUACAAUUUUUUUUAUUUGU